AUGAGUUCAGUCGUCAACAAGUCCAAAAACAAAUUCGUCCCCAAAGCGCGUGCCCGCGCCCGCCCCACCGGUCCCACCCCCUCAGGCCCCGCCCCCCCAAGCACCACCACCACAGUCACUACCGCCGCCGUCUCAAAACCGACGCUCGAAGACCCCACCCCCACCCCCACCCCCACAUCCACGCCAGAAGAGACCUCAAGCAGCGACGAUGCAGCCCCAGUCACCACCCCCGCCACAGCACCAAUACCAAUAUCAACACCGGUAGAGCGCCAGCCCUCACCGCCGCCCCCACCGCCCCCGCCAAGAGCCAACGCGGGAAUACCAAUGGUCCGAUCCGCGUCUUCUGCGUCCUCCUCUGCAUCGGCGAUCCCAAUGCUGCGGUCGACGUCAGCGAACGGCAUCCCCGGGAUCCAGUCUGCAAUGCCGACGCCCAUUACGACGCCGACAGCGACGACGCCGACGGUGCUGGAGGAGGCGGACGUGCUCGACGACGAGGAGGAGGUCGAGGUCGAGGAGGCGCCGAGGCGGGGGAGGAAGCCGCGGGGAAGGGAUGUGGAUGAGGAAGAGGAAGGAGAAGCCGAUGAGGAUGAAGACGCCGCAGGAGAAGACGCCCCAGCGCGGAGGCCCGCAGCGAAGCGCAAAGCGCGGACCACCGCCGCGGGCGAACCAGCAGCGAAGCGCAAGCCCGCGCAGCCGCGGAAGAAGCGCACGCCGGUCGAAGGCACAGAGGCGGGGCCGGGGGCGGGGGCGGCAGGGGCAGCGGCGCCCAAGAAGCGGGGGAGACGGCGCGCCGAGUCUCCAGAGGACGGGGAGGCGCAGGAGAUUGCGGUGAAUGUUGUCAAGAUGAAGGACCUGUGCAAGGACAUGCGGAUCGGGCGCAAGAGUGCGCGGUUCAUGGAGAUCCAGGCGGAGGAGGCGGCGCGCGCGGCGCUGUCGCAGCAGGAGAGGGAGGAGGCGGAUGAGGCGCGCAGGGCCGCCGAGGAGGAGAGGGGGUUGGAGACGGCGGAGAUGAGGAUUGAGAGGUUGGCGGUGGAGAGGAAUCAGAAGGGACUCAACGCCGCCCAGGUCCGCAUCGUCAACGGCGAAAUCGUCAUCGACGACGAGUCGCUGCAGAUUGACCGGCGCGAGCGCGACGCCCUCGACGAAGACGCCCUCGAGAUCGUCGAGGAGAACCAGCACACGCGGCGCAUCACCUCGCAGACCUUCUCCAAGCGCGAAAAGGUGUCGAAAUGGGACGCCGAGCAGACGGGCCGCUUCUACGAGGCGCUGUCAAUGUUUGGCACCGACUUUGAGAUCAUCUCAAAGAUGUUCCCCGGGCGCAGUAGGAGGCAGAUGCGGAAUAAGUAUCUGUGCGAGGAGAGGAAGAAUCCGCAUCGGAUCACGAAUGCGCUGAGGACGCGGAUUGCGAUUAACAUCGACCAAUACAGCACGCUCACCUCACAAGAGUUCCAAGACCCACAGGAGCUCGAAGACGAGCUGCAGAAGCUGCGCGACGAACACGAGGCCAGCGAGACCGCCGCGGCGUCCCACAUUGUCGAGGCGGAGCGGGAGCGGCAGGAGGCUGCCAACGCGGCCAUGAUCGCGGGCGACAGCGGCAUCGGCGUGGGCGCGGGAGAGGCGCACAAGAAGGGGCGCAAGAAGAAGGGUGCGCGCGGCGGCGGCGGCGGCGGCGGCGCGGGCGAGGAGGAGGUGCUCAUGAGUAGGGAGGAGUAUGAGGCGAUGAGGGCGAGGGAGGCGGCGGAGGCGGAGGAGUAG